AUGUCUGAUGAAAAUGACGAAAUUGACCGAAUUGCUAAUACGGUAGAUAAUUUAUUAGAAAAACUCGGCAAAUACAAUGAUUCUUUGUUACUUUCCCAACAACAACUACGAAACCCUAAUAUUCAAAUUGAAUUUCGUGAUUCAAUACUUACCACAAGUGCACACUCUCAACACCAAUCACCACCAUUACCGCCACAACCAGAAUCCGAAUUCACAACAACAUUCACUAAUAAACUUCUCACAACAAUAAAACGAAAACUUGGGAUUUCAAAAUCCUCUAAAUCCUCACCAGAAUCACUUAAUACACUCCAAAUAAAACAAUACCGACGACAUUUACACCGUCGCUAUUUGCAUCAUUUUGGCUCUUUCGAAGCAUUCUUUAUCGCGUACAUUAAAAAACUCGAAGAAAAAUACACGAAAAGCUUACCGAGAUCCAGUACGAGACCUCUUCCCAUUCCAGCCCUAAUUGGGAAACCGCCAGCUAAAGUAAGAGAAUAUUUCGACACUUAUUCUUUAAAUGUCUUGAAAGUGGAUGCGUUUUAUUGGAGUGCUGGCGGAUUAAUGAAUCAUUGGUGUGUGCGAAAGGGAGGAAAGGGAUUUACGGAGGGAAUUGAAAGAAUGCAGUCGAGAGCAGUGAACUUUUUAAUGCAGUAUGAUAGAGUCAUGCUGUUGUCUCCACGUGGAAUUGUUAGAGUUGCUCUACUACCAUUAGAAGUAAGAGAACGCUUGCAACGCAAACGAAAACGAAAAAAAGGAUAA